CCGGAGACCGCGCUGUGACUCUUGGGAUAAGCGCACGUUUUAUAAACGCGCUGAACUGCACUUACCGGACGCUGGAUUUUCUCCUGCCUUAUGUUUAAAGGCUGUUGGUGAGCAACUUUCAGGUUAAAAGAAAAUGGCAGAAAAUGGUUCACAGGAGAUGACUGCACUUGAGAAGAAGAUCACUGAACAGAUAGAGUAUUAUUUUGGUGAUCAUAAUCUUCCUAAAGACAAAUUCUUGAAAGAACAAAUUCAGCUGGAUGAUGGCUGGGUGCCCCUGGAAAUCAUGAUUAAGUUUAACAGGCUAAAUCGGUUAACUACUGACUUUAACGUAAUUGUUGACUCGCUGAAAAAGUCUACAACAGGCCUUGUAGAAGUCAGUGAAGAUAAAACAAAGAUCAGACGGUCACCAGAUAAGCCUUUGCCUGAAAUCAACGAUCAGUAUAAGGAUGACCUUAAAAACAGAUCAGUCUAUGUUAAAGGUUUUCCAACUGAUAUAACUCUUGAUGAACUGAAAGAAUGGUUUGCUGGAAAGGGAACAGUUGAGAACAUUCAGAUGAGAAGGAAUCUACAACGUCAGUUCAAGGGAUCUGUGUUUGUUGUGUUUGACAGUAAUGAAUCGGCCAAAAUAUUUGUGGAGACCCCAGACUUAAAGUACAAGGACACAGAUAUGGUUAUAUAUUUAAAAAAUGACUACUUUGCUAAAAAAGCAGAAGACAGAAAACAUCAUAGAGCAGAGGCAAAAGCCAAAGCAAAGCAUGAGAAGGAGGAAAAGCAAAAACAAGCAGAAGAGGAAGAGAUGAAAUCUUUGAAUGAUCAAAGUGGAUGUUUGCUGAAAUUCUCUGGAGAACUUGAAGAUCAGACUUCUCGGGAAGACUUUCAUGCAUUAUUUGGAAGCCAUGCUUCAAUUAAAUGGAUCGACUUCACCAGAGGUGCAAAAGAGGGCACUAUUCUUUUCAAAUCCAAUGCAAAAGAAGCACUUGAAAAAGCCAAAGAAGCAAAUGGUGGCACCUUAAAAGUAAAGAAUAAAGAUGUGGUCUGGGAAGUGCUUGAAGGUGAAAUUGAAAAGCAGACUUUGAAGAAGAUGAUCGAAGACCAGCAGGAGACUUUCAAUAAGAAAAAAGGAAAAGGUGGUAGAAAAUCUGGUGGGAAAGGAAGAGGUGGAAAAAGAGACAGGAAUGCUUCAAAACAGAGUAAAGUCCAGUUCCAAGGAAAGAAGACUACAUUUGACAGUGAGGAGGAGGAUGAAGAGGAGGAGGAGGAGGCAGCUGCAGAAAAUGAACCAGAGCCUACAAGUCCAAAGAAAAGAAGUUUAGAAGGAGUGACCGCAGAGGAAGCUGGUGAACCAAAAACGAAACAAAUGAAGACAGAAAAUGGUUCUGAAAACGAGUGAUGAAACAGUACUUAUUUCAUUUUUAAUUGUAUAUUAACUGCGUUUUUAUUUUAAACAAAAGCGUAUGAAGUCCACUUCAAUGUCAACCUGAGGAGGAGGAAAAGAAAAAAACAGAUCAUGUUAGGCAUGCGGCAGUAAUAGAGGACUGCGGUAGUUUUCAUAUUUGGUAUAAAUGCAGCUUUUCGACCCACACGACGUCCUACAAGUGCCUAAUUAAAAAUCACUUCUACACUUUUAUCUCAGUUGACUUAGGAAUAUUCACGAUUUUGGUUUUUUAUUUUUUGAGGAUUUUUUUUUUUUUUUAGCCUAUCUGGAUAUACUGUACAGAUCAUUCUAAUUUGAGAACUGAUGGCUUGUAAUUUUAUUAAAUUAAAAAAAAAAAAAA